UCCAAUCCUCUGGCAGAGACACGUCUCCCAGUCAGAGCAUCUUUCCGUCAUGGCGGCUGUUUGGGCUAAAACCGUCUCUAACCUGACGGCGCUGUCUGUCUUCUUCCUGCUGCUGCUGAGUCUGCCGCCCGGGGGAGGACAGAAGAAGAAGGAGAAUGUGCUGUCAGAGAAGGUUGACCAGAUGAUGGAGUGGUCCUCUCGCCGUUCGGUCGUGAGGAUGAACGGUGACAAGUUCCGUCGCUUUGUCAAGGCCCCACCCAGGAACUACUCUGUCAUCGUCAUGUUCACCGCCCUGCAGCCUCAAAGGCAGUGUUCCGUCUGCCGGCAGGCGAACGAGGAAUACCAAGUCCUGGCAAACUCGUGGCGUUACUCAUCUGCAUUUUCCAACAAGCUGUUCUUCACCGUGGUGGACUACGAUGAGGGAGCUGACGUUUUCCAACAGUUGAACAUGAACAGCGCUCCUACCUUCAUGCAUUUUCCAGCCAAGGGAAAGCCGAAGAGGGCUGAUACAUUUGACCUGCAAAGGAUUGGUUUUGCUUCAGAGCAGUUGGCCAAGUGGAUUGCAGAUCGCACAGAUGUCCAGAUUCGUGUCUUCCGUCCUCCUAAUUAUUCGGGGACCAUUGCUUUGGCUCUGUUAGUUUCUCUGGUUGGAGGUCUGCUGUAUCUGAGAAGGAACAACUUGGAAUUCAUAUACAACAAGACUGGAUGGGCCAUGGCUGCACUGUGUGUAGUUUUUGCAAUGACAUCCGGUCAGAUGUGGAAUCAUAUCAGGGGUCCUCCCUAUGCCCACAAAAACCCCCAGAAUGGACAAGUGAGUUACAUUCAUGGCAGCAGUCAGGCUCAGUUUGUGGCUGAGUCUCACAUAAUCCUUCUUCUGAAUGCUGCAAUCACCAUGGGGAUGGUGCUGCUGAAUGAGGCGGCCACCUCCAAGGGAGACGUCGGCAAGAGAAGAAUCAUCUGCCUGGUUGGCCUUGGCCUGGUGGUGUUUUUCUUCAGCUUCCUGCUCUCCAUUUUCAGGUCCAAGUACCACGGAUACCCUUACAGCUUCCUUAUUAAGUGAGGAAACGACAGAAGAGGAGGUCAGAGGGUGAUGAAGUGGCUGAAGGUCGGGAGGAGAGGAGUUGAGAAGAUACUUGAAGAGGAGGAGGCAGUGUUAUAAUUGAGUCUACAGCUGUUGUUAUUGUUUUUUUUUAAAUUGACUGCUAUCUUCGACUUUGCAAACUGAAUAAAAAAUAAAUUAUUCCUACUGACACUGGAAAAUAAAGGUGUUUGGCAUGUCUA